AUGUUAUCGCAGUUCUUCACAGCGGCAAAAGGCAUAUUGUUUUCUGAACAAAAUCCAAAUAACAGCUCUAACAUUGCGACACCGGAACAGGAACACACUGCGCCCGCGACAAAUUCGAAGAUGGUUACCACUCGCCGAUCAGCAGCCCAUGUUGCUGCUAUUCCGACAGAAGAUGCUGGACUGAGUGGAUCAUUAGAGUCAAAUGGGAAGCGCAAAUCUGAUAAUAGCACAUCAGAGACGCCGGAAGCAAAAGGCAGCAAACGGAGAAAGAGGAGCCGUAUACAAGUUGCGGAGCAAGAAGUAACGCAUGAUAAGGAAGAUGCGGGGAAGGAGGCAGCGCCAAAGAAGCACUUUCGGUUUGAUAGCGAAGAACCCGUACUGCCCGAACCCACAGAGACAGAGGAGCCGAUAGACACGCAGCAAGAGGAUCAGGACGAGGGGAGCAGCGACGACGAAGCCCCGGAGACUGUGGACAACUCUACGCAACUAUCUAAAAUUAAAUCAGAGGCCAGGAAACAGGAAAAGGCGAGACAAAUAGAAGAGCAAUUCAAACGAGAAAAGAGGCGACAAUUGGACGAGGCGCGCAAACAACAAGCCAAAGCUUCAAUUAAACGAAAAGAAACCCCUGCUCUUCAAGCCGCGCCAGGAUCUGGUACCUCAGCCGAAGAUAUCGUGUCGGAGAGUUCAGAAACGCUGCAAGGAUCCUAUACACAAGAUUCCCGACGCCCAACGCUUCCCGCCCUUCUUCCAGAUGACAUCCUAAAUGCAGUUCCUGAGGUCCGGCCACCGACACCUCCACCAGAAACACAAGCGCCCCCGCAGAAACAACCCACAAAACUCAGGUUUCUCGAGAAGAAGGAGAAAACUCCAAAGGAUGUGAGAAUGGGCGAUGUGGCGAUCCGAGUGCUCGACGGUGGUGGCUCACAAAAACAACGAAGCACAGCUCUUCCUCCAAAAGCCUCGAAGACUGGACGCAAUGCGAAGGAAGCAUGGUUGAAACAGGCACGUAGUACUGGACAUGUCAAUGGCAUGAGGAUGGCCAGCAGCGGCUCAAAGGGCUUUGUGCGCAAAUGCGAUGAUCACAACGGCAAUCAUUUGGCAGGCACUACCGAAUCCUCUCCCCUCCUCCCUCAACACAACCAUGCUGCACCUUCCAAUACGUCACCACGAGGAAGCCGGCCUUCACGGACGGUGACAUUCAACCCUCUCGCUACAGUCAGCACAUACCACGAUUCCGCCUCGGCCGACCCGACUUUCAAGCCCAUAGCAUCAGGAUCUCUCCCGGGCUCAAAUACCUCUUCCCAACAAAGGUCGACCGGGCUCUCCGCCCUGAACAGCAAGCUUCGCCGUCGCAACAGCCAUGGAGCUCCUGGCACGGUCGCCUCGUCUUACCCUACUUCGAAAGUUGGCCCACAAAGAACAACAAAGACUGCACAGAAACUGAAACUUUUACCCGAUCCUAUAACAGAGGAGGAGCUUGAUGAGGAGACAUCUCCUUCAGAUGUUUACAGGCAAAUCGCGCGAAUCAAGGAACCCGCUGCUCGCAGCCUUGCGGCAAGGCUAGGAAAAGCUGAUCGAGACCGAUUGCCUCGAGUAUCGGCGUACUGCACGGCCAAUUCCUAUCGUUUAGAUGGUGUGUUCAAAUUCUUGAAGUCACGGUCCAAAACCCGCGGUGCCAAUCCAAAACUAUUUGACGAAUGCGUCUACUCGCGAUUUGACUACAACCACGAGGAGAAACAGAAAUAUGGAGCGGACUCCAAUAAUGUUGAUGCGGACAAUACCCACACUGUCGAACGGGCACCGAGGGAGCGCAGAUUCUCGGACAGUGCGGUAGAAGUAAAUGACCAAAGAGAGGAGCUUAUUGACUUACAUGAUCACAAUGCCCACCAACAAAGUUCGACCGAAGAAUCUAUUCUUGAUAACGCCCCGGAUAUUGACACCACAAUUGACGCCCCAGAAGUAUUCCUUUUUGAUUAUGGUACCGUCGUCAUAUGGGGCAUGUCACCAGCCCAAGAGUCUCGGUUUUUAUCAGAUAUAUCAAAGUUCGCAACCUCAAUUCUCAGUCCGGAUGACCUCCAGGUCGAGAAUUUCAACUUCUACUAUGCUCGUGAAUACCAAGCCCGGAUAUACAACGAUUUUAUUUCUUUGCGUGACCCCCGGAAUUAUAUGAUUAAACUCGCCAUUUCACAUGCUUUAGCUCAGUCUGUGAAGACGUCCCUUUUUGAAGACCUCGUUUCUGAAACCAUAUCGAAUACCGCACCAUUACCGGCUCAGAUCGCGCAGACGGGAAGUGUCAACCUCUCAAGACAACAAAUCAACAUGCAAGUCGGAGAGCUAUUUAUCCUCCGUAUAAAUAUCCACCUGCAGGGCUCAGUGUUGGACAGUCCAGAGUUGAUGUGGGCAGAACCACAAUUGGAGCCUGUAUACCAAGCUGUCCGAAGCUACUUGGAGAUGGACCAACGCGUGACUCUUUUGACGGAACGACUAGAUGUGAUAGCGGAUCUUCUUGCAGUGCUGAAAGAUCAAUUAACUCACCGUCAUGGUGAGUAUCUCGAGUGGAUAGUCAUCGUCCUUAUUGCCGCAGAAAUUCUUGUGGCUGCGAUCAACAUUGUUGUUGAUUUGUACGCUGGUGUUGAAUAG